AUGUCAAACGAAUUUGAGAAUUCAAAAUUAUAUCAUGAAACUAUUCCUUAUAUAUCGAAUUACUACAACGUUAUUGAAGUAUUAAAACAAGUGGAGGAUGAAAAACUUCAUUUAAAGAAAACACAUGCUUUGUUAAAAUCCGAAAAUGAGAAAAUAAUUAAGAGAUUCUAUAAAUCUUACACUUCAUCGUUAUCAAAUAGUGUCAUUAGUGAUAGUGAAAACUAUAAAAAUUCAGAAGGUAAAGAUCCUUAUGGUAUGGAAAUCCUGGAAGAAAUUAUCAGUAAUCCAAAGGUACCAAUUAAUAACAAUAAAGUUUACGAUAAAGAUGUUACUGGAAUACAAGCUAAUAUGUUUUCUGUUGAUUCUACUGGGACCUAUGCCAAAUUUUAUGAAAAAUUAAAUUUUACUUCAAUUACAGGUUGGAAUAUAGUGAAAAAUCAUUUAUUAUGGAUUCCAUCGUUUCACACACAGUUUAGAGAUAUAUUGUUGUAUAAUAAAAGAAAUGAAAUAUAUGACCCGAAUAAGAAAACAUCGGUCAUGUCUAUCGAUGGAGAAGAUUAUAUCCCAAAGGCCUUUGAUUCUUAUUACGGAAGUUGUUCCAUUCCUUCAGUGUUUGGAGAAAUUAAAUUACCUUCUUUGGUAUAUCAUUGUUCUGUGCCUGCAGGUGAAGAAAUUUAUAUUCUUGGAGGUAUGUUACCAAGUUAUCGAUAUGAUGAAGAAAGACCAAAUUUAGAUAAUUUUGAGGUUACCGGUCUAAAUGAUUUACCACCACCGUUCUUACCACAAAUUGUAAAUAAUCCUGCUUUUUUUAGUAACCCAUUCAUAUUUGUAGUCAAUGUUUUAACAUCUAAUGUUAGAAUGCAUAAAUUUGGAGGUGACAUUCCACCACCAAUGAUUGGAAUGUCUGGAACUCUUUUAACAGAUCGGUAUAUUUUUUUUUAUGGAGGACUAGAAAUUAGAACAGAAUCGUCAUAUUCUGAACUAACACAGAAAACAACAAUUAAAAAGAGAGGUAUCUUUUGUGAUGUGGGAUUUAUCUUAGAUACAGUAAAGUUACGUUUUACGAAGAUAAAAAUUGGUCUUCGACAGUAUAAAAAUCAGCACUUUUGUCAAGUAUAUCCUCGGUUUGGACAUUUACAAGUUACAGUUAGGGAUGAAGAUACUUCAAACCAUACAACUCCCAGAUGUUAUCGUCAAUCGUCGUAUUAUGAUGGUUCGAAAAAUGAUAACACAACUAAGGACCAUUCGAAUAAGACUCCCGGAUUUAAAGAUUAUCAGACAAAAUCAAAUGAUAGUCAAACAUCCUUUACAGAAUCUAAUGGAAAUUCUGAUAAUAAUUCGAAUCAACUUUAUGUUUUCUCUUCUACAACUUAUAUAUUUGGAGGUUACAGAAGAUCAGGAAAAUCAGGAUAUCAAGCACUUAAUGAUAUGUGGAAAAUUAAAGUUCCUAUACACUACAGAGGAAAAGGUGGUUUGUGUAUAUUUGGAGAGAGUGCUUUUGCUACAGGAAUACAUGGUGCAACUGCAGAAUAUAUCAACUGUUCACAGAAACCAAUAUUUGGCGUAGAGAUACCCUAUGAAAGAGCGUUCAUGUCAUACUGUAUAUAUAAUGAUAAACCCGGUUCAAAUUAUACAAAUUUUGAAGUUGAUUUAUUAGAAAAUCUUAAUAAAAAUUUUAAAAUAGCUCUAAGUAAGCCACUGAAGAAGAGAGUACUCCAUGUGGAUGCUGAUGAUGAUUCAAUGGAAAAUAUAAACAGAGAUGACUCACGUAGGUUGUCAUCUUCUGGGUUUUAUACUAAUCGUUUACCAACAACUUCAGUACCAAAUAAGACACUUAUUAUGCAUGGUGGAUCAAAUGACUGUCACGUUUACGACGAUAUGUGGUGGUUCGAUUUAAAGACUGAGAAAUGGAAAAAAGUUGAUACAUAUGUGAAUGUUAAACAGGAUAAAACAAAAUCGUAUCAUGAACCUAAACCAUUGCAUUUAAAACUGGUUGGACAUACAAUGCAAAAUAUCGGUAGUUUAGUUAGUAUGGGAGGUGGUAUGUUACAAUCUGAUGUUGAUGCCCUCUAUAAGACUUCAAACACCAAAAAUUCUGGAACAUUUGCUCCAAUUCAAGGUGUACCAAUUGGUGCUCAUGUAUUCAGAACCAUUGAUAUACGAACUCAAUUUAUCAUUAAUAGGGAAGCAAUAUUUGCGCCAUCGGAUACAAAGUUCCAAGUUCCAUUAACAAGUACGGAUCCCUUAGCUAUCCAUGGAUUGAUGAUGAUUGUCGGUAGUACUAUUGAAAGAGCAGCAGGAAAGUAUGUGAUGAUUGGUGGUAUAACUUCUAGACGUUCAAAUAUUAAAAAUUUUUAUUUGAGGGGAACUUUGUUAUAUAUUACAGUUCCGACUGUUACAUUAUAUGGUUUAUAA